CAAGGAGUUGAAGGACUGGAUGACAGCCUUUUUAAAACCCCCAAACACAAACAGGCCAUCUACAGCCAGCUUGACUCUACACCAAUCAUAUUUAAAGAACAAAGCCUGUGUUCACCCCUUUUCCUUUCACCUACAAGAGAUUUGCCUAGAAAUCAACCUGUGGCAACGAAUGUCAGAAGCGUCAGUAAACCAGAAAAAUGUCCUGGAGAUGCAACACAGUGUCUUCGUGAUGAAGUCUUUGGUACCUCGAAGCAGUGUCAUAAUAACAGUCCUAGUGCUAUGAGGGAGAUGUUUAAGACUCCUCUGUGGGAUAAAAAGUACACA